ACAAUUAUAAGAUCUAAAUAAAGUUAAUUGAUUGAAAUGGUCUCCACCUUCACCUCCAGGGGAAAAGCUGUUUUCUUUGUUGUUUUUUCUACGCUAUUGAUAACAGUAUAUGUUACAAAAUUCUCGGGAAACAGAGUGAACUACACGGACAAGCUGCGGGAUAUUGUACCUUCUUUAAAAUCUCUAACGCUGACGAAUGAGCGGUCUAAUAGCGAAAGAAUCAAAAUUCUAAAUUGGAAGAUGAAUACUGUUACAAAUCAUGCGAAAAAAUUUCAAAGAGUACUGGAAAUCAAUUUCUUCUAUCAUAUUAAAAAACGCGACAGAAGAAAGAAAAAAAUAUGCAUCGGCACUUCAGGACGGUUUCAAUGUUUUGGACAAUCGAUAUGAAGAAAUUGGAAACUUUUUUGACGAUAAAAUUGAAAUGAAGAAGCGACGACUACUUCGAUGAA